AUGCUGGCCAUUCAGGAGCAGCUGGCGGGGAGGCGCGGCAAUUCACGCCUGGACCCCGUCAUCAUGUCUGUCGUGGCCUUGGGCGGGAGCGGUCUUCCGCUCCAGGAGGGGCGCUGGGCGAGUCCCGGGGUCCGCCCCCUCAAGGGGACGCGGCGUGACGCAAGGAGGGAGGGCGUCGACGGACCGGCCCCGUCCUCGGCAUUAGCGCCGCGUCGUGCGGGACCGCGGCUGGCAUUUGUGCGCGGCCAAGGCCUCUUGUCCGGCUCGCUCGCGGAAACCGUCGCCCCCAGCCACCUCCUGUACGCCCCCAGCUGCCCUCAGCCGCCUCAUGUAUGCCCUCAGCCACCCCCAAACUCCCCAUCCACCCCCAAACUCCCCAUGUACGCCCUCAGCCACCACCAGCCGCCUUAUGUAUACCCCCAGCCACCUCCUGUACGCCCCCAGCUGCCCUCAGCCGCCUCAUCUGCCCUCAGCCGCCUCAUGUAUGCCCCAGCCACCCCCAAACUCCCCAUGUACGCCCUCAGCCACCACCAGCCGCCUUAUGUAUACCCCCAGCCACCUCCUGUACGCCCCCAGCUGCCCUCAGCCGCCUCAUGUAUGCCCCCAGCCACCCCCAAACUCCCCAUGUACGCCCUCAGCCACCACCAGCCGCCUUAUGUAUACCCCCAGCCACCUCCUGUACGCCCCCAGCUGCCCUCAGCCGCCUCAUGUAUGCCCUCAGCCACCCCCAAACUCCCCAUGUACGCCCUCAGCCACCACCAGCCGCCUUAUGUAUACCCCCAGCCACCUCCUGUACGCCCCCAGCUGCCCUCAGCCGCCUCAUGUAUGCCCUCAGCCACCCCCAAACUCCCCAUGUACGCCCUCAGCCACCACCAGCCGCCUUAUGUAUACCCCCAGCCACCUCCUGUACGCCCCCAGCUGCCCUCAGCCGCCUCAUGUAUGCCCCCAGCCACCCCCAAACUCCCCAUGUACGCCCUCAGCCACCACCAGCCGCCUUAUGUAUACCCCCAGCCACCUCCUGUACGCCCCCAGCUGCCCUCAGACGCCUCAUGUAUGCCCUCAGCCACCCCCAAACUCCCCAUGUACGCCCUCAGCCACCACCAGCCGCCUUAUGUAUACCCCCAGCCACCUCCUGUACGCCCCCAGCUGCCCUCAGCCGCCUCAUGUAUGCCCCCAGCCACCCCCAAACUUCCCAUGUACGCCCUCAGCCGCCUCAUGUACGCAGCAGUCUCCCACAGCCGCACACUGCCGCCCCCAGACACCUCAUGUGCGCCCCCAGCCAUCUCCUGUACGCCCACAGCCGCCUCCAACCGCCCCCAGCCCCCCCCCAGACUCCUCCUGUACGCCCCGGUCGCCUCAUGGCCUGACGAGCGCCGCGCGGAGAGGCUGACGGCUCCUGGCAGACCCCCGAGGCCGCGCCGACCCAGCCUGGUGACGGAUCACCAGGCCAGAAGUAAGAGUGUCCCGCGGGCGGGAUGCAAGCCAACCUUGACUCCCCCUCCCCCCUCCGGCCACACCUACACGAGAGAGGGCGAAAGUGCACCACGAGGCUCCGGGACCGCACAGUGUAACACAGCCCGGUUCCCACAGGAAGGAUCCCACGCCACACAGCUCCGGGACAGCUGCUCGGAGGUCCCGUGA